AUUAAGGUAAUUAAAAUUUUUAUUACCAUGUAAAUAAAAUUUUAUAAAAAAAAUAAACUAAAUUGGUAAAUGAAAUUAUGUUACUCUUAAAGAAAGCCGUUUCCUUGUUUUAAUAUUAAAAAAAAAAUCUGAAAUUCGUUAUUUUGUUAAUUUUUAUGUUAAAAGAAAUCAAUGAAUUUGUCAUUGAAACUCAAAUUAUUAAAAAGAAAAGAAAAUAACUAUGGUUUCAUAACAUAAUCAUAGUCCUGCAUUGAAAUCCGACGGCUGUGAUUGAAUGAAUAAUGAUGUUCCAUCCUAAAACCAAGCACAGAAGAUCCAAAUCCCAGUAUGAGAUACUCAAAAUAACAGAAGUCCACAUGAAUAGGAGAAAAUCGUUUUGAGUUUUGAACGUUGGAUUUUGUUUUUGAGAGCUUCCUCCUCAAGCAUUUGAAAUCGUCUGCUCUAACCCAAACUAAGAUUCUUCCUCUUAAUUCCUAAUCUUCUAAUUUCUUCUCUUUCUUUUCCUUUCAUCUCUGUUAAUUAAUGCCCAGAGAUUCCCAGAAAAUUAUCUGAUCAGUGAUCACGUUUUCAGCAUAAUUCUCAAGAACUACAAUUCAAUGCUUUUUAAGGUUGAUUGCUCUGGUGUUCUGCAAGACAAGAACAUUGACAGGAGUUUCUCUAAUCCGACAAUAAUCUCAUAAGACAUUGUCAAAGGAUGGCCUCAAGGAACAUGUCAUCAGGGUUGUCAAAAUCUGCAUACCCAUCAGAACUGCAGUUCUAUGGACAUAGCUUGGCCUUCUCUUUAGACAGAGAACUUCUGGCUGCAAGAUCAGCCAAAGUAGCUUCACUGCUCAAUAAAAAUCCCCAAGCAAAUCUCUCUAGUCUACUCCAAGAUUUUCCUGCUGAUCCUGAAAUUUUUGAGCUUGUUGCAAGAUUCUGCCAUGGGUUUGAACUGACUUUGUCAUCAGAGAAUGUUAUCCCUCUCAUUUGCCUUGCUAAUCACUUAGACAUGACAGAAAGUCACAGCAAUAAUAAUCUGCUAAAGCAGGCUGUCAACUUCUUUGAGCAAAGAGUUCUGUCAAGUUGGAAUGAAACUAUCAAGGCUUUUCGUUCAGCAGGUAACAGCCUUCAACAGGCAGCGCGGUUGGGUUUGUUCGAAGCUGGCUUAGAGUCUCUCGUCGAAAAAGCAUUGGCUAAUCCACGUUAUCUUGGGGAUCCUAUCAAGAACUCAACAUUUGAUGAUGAUAUUGAGGAUGAGGAGGGAGGAUAUAGACCAAAUGCAAGACGAAGGCUCUUUGUUCUUGAUUGGAAAUCAGAAGACUUGACCACAUUGUCACUCCAGUUAUAUCACCCCAUAAUUCGGACGAUGAAUCAGCGUGGAGUCCCACCGGAGUAUGUGGCUGCUUCUCUCUGCCAGUAUGCGGAGAAGUGGGUUUUCUCUAGUGGCAUAGGAGGUGAUAAUGUGUCAGUUUACAAAAGGAACUCUCAAAGGGAUGUGAUUGAAGUUGUGGAAAGGCUUCUACCUGAUGAGAAAGGACUAAUUCCCUGCAGUGUUUUGUUCAAAAUGCUCAAAUUUGCAAUUUCAUUGGAAUCUAGUAAUGAUUGUAGAAAUGGAUUAGAGAACAGAAUUGGGAAGCAACUAGACCAGGCAACAGUCAAAGAUCUGUUAAUACCUUCUCAAGGGAAUACCAAGGAAAUGCAAUAUGAUAUAGAAUGUUUGAAAAGGGUUUUGAAGCAUUUCUAUGGCAACUAUACUAGUUCUCAUAGUUCUGGCCUAAUUGCAGUGGCAGAACUCAUUGAAGAAUUCUUAGCAGAAGUUGCAAGUGACAUAGAUUUGAAGAUGGAUACAUUCACCACCCUGGCUGAGAUGUCAAAGGCAGCAUCAUUAGGAACACUAAAAAACUCUGAUGGAAUAUACAGGGCCAUUGACAUUUACCUGGACAAACAUAGGCAUUUGACAGAACUUGAAAGAGAGGAGGUGUGUAAGAUAUUGGAUUGCUAUAAAAUGUCUCCUGAAGCUUGGGAACACGCGGCGAAGAAUGAAAGGCUGCCAUUGAGGUUUGUAGUCCAGGUGUUGUUUGUGGGACAGUUGCAGCUUAGAGAGCAAAGAGACACAAUUGCAAAAGAGGUUGAGGUUUUUGAUGAAAAACUUAGAAGAGAGGAAGUGGAUGAAGAAGAUGAGAAGAAUGAAGUGAAAAUGGGUUUGGAUGAGGAAGAAAUAAGAUCAGAGAUGGAGAAGAUGAGCAUCAAAGUAAUGGAGCUACAGAAAGAGUGCAAUAUCAUGAGGAAAGAAAUUGAGAAUGGCUGCAAUCACAGAGUGAAAAAAGGGAAGAUUAGCAUGUGGAAGGAAAUGAAGAGAAAGUUAGGGUGCAUGAGUAGCAUUAAUGAUUGUAAUUGCCAAGUAAAUAAGAAGAAGAAGGUGCAUCCAAAAUAUUAAUUAUCUUUGGAUUCCACCUGCAAUGAAAUAAUUGAAUUACACACUAAAUAUAUCUGCACUUUGUUUUUA